AUGAUGCGCCUCAGUAUAGGAAGUAAUGAUACUGCAACCGAAGAAGCAGUGAAAAGAGUGAAGUUCAUUUUGAGAAACUUAAGUGACGGUGAAAUUACGAUAUCAGCUUAUGACACUGCUUGGGUUGCUUUAAUCGACGCCGGUGAUAAAACUCCGGCGUUUCCCUCGGCCGUGAAAUGGAUCGCCAGCAAUCAACUCUCCGAUGGUUCCUGGGGUGAUGCUCAUCUAUUUUCUUAUCAUGACCGUCUCAUCAACACACUUGCAUGCGUCGUUGCUCUAACAACAUGGACGUUGCUCUAA